AUGGCCCAGUCUUCGCUCAUCUCUCUCCUCUCCGUACUUGCUGGUUUAGGCCUGCCAUUGGCUUCGGCUAUCAAGGGAGACGUCUCAAAAGCCAAGCUCGGUAAGCGGCCGCGACGAUCACUGAAAUCCAAGUCUAAAUCGAGUUCGCGACACAAGUACUUCCAUGGUGACUAUAUGCUUGGUCAAGAGGCAUUCAUGUUCCAUUGUCAGUUGGAGCUGGCGGAGCAAGCAAAUUAUGGACCGCUUUCUGAGGACGACUUCGGUGAUUUCAUUUUUGACUAUUGCAAGAAAAUACCGCUCGCCGGUAUUGAAUGUAAAUUUCCAAAAGGCAAAUCUUUUGCUCAUCUGCCCGUAGAUUUACAGCUCUCGUUCUUCGAGGAUCAAUGUUUAUCAGCAGCGAAGGACGAAGCUGAGGAAUGCCUUCAGACUCUUAUCAACGAAGGCAUAGAGUUCGAAAACCAAGGAGACAUUAGGAAACUUUGCGGGAAAGUUUACCCGUUGCUGCUAUCCAACAAAUUGUUUGCUCCUGAACCGGCUUCCGAUGCGCAGCUUGACACGGAGGGGAGCUCACCAAGCGGCCCGCCCAGUGCAGAGUCAAGGCCAUCGACGGUGCCACAGGCGCACCAAACGUCAAAUUUCAUCCCAACCGCCGGUACUGUACUGACAACAAACAAUAUCUCAUCACCUGCACCGACUAAAACUAUCGAUCUCACCGACAGUACUGCAGCACCAGAAAUAAACCGUCGAGGUAUUUCUAAUUCUGGAACAAUAGGAAUUGCUGGUGCCGCUGUGGUUAGCCUUGGGUUGUUGCUGGUCUCUUGGAUGAGGCGUAGGAACCGGGUUGCUAGUCGAAACAAGUCAGAGGAUGAUCCAAUGUUCGAUAACGAUGAAUCGAUUUUGUCGGAAAGUACCGAGAUCCUGGACAGUAACAAUACAGGCCUCGGCGAUUUAGAUAACCAAUUGUCACAAAGCAAGAAACCGUCUUUGUCUAUGGCAACCAUUGUGCAUCCAGGACGGUGUGUGAAACUUUUGGCAUUACCAAGGGAGCUGAGCUACAAAAGUGCACCCGACACGGCAUCGGCGCACGAAAUAGAAGGGGGCGAUGUCGAAUGGGAAAUUCGCGACGAGGAAGCAGCCCUUCCUAUUGUGAACUUGAUUGAAUGUCACUCUGGUCGUACACUUUCAGGUGAAAGGAGCGGAGCUUUGGUCAAUAAAUCCUCGGAGAGUUCCAGGACGGCGCCGAUUUGCCAUUCAACGGAUCGUCGACCUUGGCGAUCUAAGAAAAAAGGAAAAUUUGAGAGAGUUUUUAGGAACUGUCAAAGAAUUAAACCUCAAAGAGAAGCCAUUGUCGGUGAAAUAGCGAUGUCUGUCAAAGAUAAUCUUUUCGUACGCAAAGGCAAAGCUUUGCGUAAACAAAGGCUGCUGGAGGAACAAAGUCAAGAUGACGAUCUUUCUAGUGAUGGCUCGAUUGACUCUCUUUCUGUAAACGAUUCCAUUAGUCACGGUGUGAAGAAGCAAUUCCAAGACUUCGAUGCAAUUCUGACCAAAGGCUUCAACGAGCUAAAAAGCGAGAUGGAGAGUACGGAUGGGCUUGCAUGUAAGUUAUGACUACGGAUCAGGACGUCUUCUCUUUAUGGAAGCAGCACAGCGAAGCCAUAGGAAGAUUCUUCUCCGUAAAGUUUAGAAGCGAAGAACAGGAAAAGGCAAAAAGGGAGUU